AAAACAUUUCUGAGAUAGAGAUCAAAAAUGGCUACCGUGGGGAGAACGUGCUGUCACUUCGCCAAACGUUUACAAUUAAAUUCUACGUCUCCACAAUCCAUUAUAAAGAGAUGGUCGAACACAGUACCACAGCGUUUGGUUGAAAGACAGAGAGAAUCUUCAUUGUCAUCAGCUCACAUAAAAAAGGAGGAUGUUGAUAAAUCUGUCAAAGUUCCAAAAGAUUUUACAGCCAUGUAUCCAGAGUUUCUGCCAAACCGGUUUGAAGGAUGGAUUACAGAUAAUUUGAGAGAUGCUCUUGAAAGAAAGGAUAUGUUGAAUCGGAGGAGACAGAUACACCUACCCGAGUUUUAUGUUGGUAGCUUAAUAGCAGUGAGUGCUGCAGAUCAUUUUGCACCAAACAAAACCAAUAGAUUUGUAGGCAUAUGUAUUGAUCGUUUUGGGCAAGGACUGAAUCAUUGCUUUAUUCUGAGGAACGUUAUUGAUGGCCAAGGUGUUGAGAUUAAGUACUUCCUGUAUAAUCCCACAAUACAAAAAAUAGAAGUGUUAAAACUGGAAAAACGAGCAGACGAACACUUACGUUACCUGAGAGAUGCUCCACAGGAAUAUAGUACAGUUUCAUUUGACCUGAAGGCCACCCUACUCCCUAGGGGUCAGCCUGUACCUGUCAACAACAUAAAGAUAACAUUAAAUCCCAAACCUUGGUUGGAAAAGUGGGAACGGCAGGAGUUGAAUGGAGCUGAAUUUACUGUGAAUUUAAGUGCAAAACAACAGAAGAAGUUUGAUGUUUCACAAAUACAACCUCGCAUAGACAAAUUUGAUUUGAUGAAAAAGCAUAGAACAUCAGUAAGCAAAAGAGAAAGAGAAUCGAUCAGCAGAGAGAUGUACAAAAGCAAUACGAUGGAGGACUAAAUGUGUGCUGGACAACAGUCACCAAAUAUAGCUUGAAAAUAAAACUGUAAAAAGAGAA